GGAAGCAAGGGAAAGAUGGACCGGAAGAAAAGAAAGAUGCAGAUGGAGAGUUAUGGGGCAACGUGGAAGCGCAGGCCGCCUUCCUCGGGCCCAAUUUAUGGGACAAAACUUUGCCCUACGAUGCCGACCUGAAGGUAUUGAACCAUUACGUGGACCUGGACGAGUUUCUCUCCGAAAAUGGCAUCCCUGUAGAUGGUGUAGCCGGUGGUGGGCAAGGUACUAUGCAGAGCGCACAGUUGCACAAGAUCAACAAUACUGAAGCUGCGAGUCAUCAGGGACCAGCAAGUCUUCAUUUAGAACCGGUCACCAAACGGGAAAGGUCACCCUCGCCGAGUGAGGGUUGUUGUUCACCUGACACCUUAAACCCACCUUCACCAGCGGACUCCAAUUCGGAGGACUCGUCACGAAUACAAUAUGGCUUCUCUCUUGUAGCGCUCUCAAUGGCGUCAUCGGGCCGAGAUUUCGAUCCACGAACAAGGGCCUUUUCCGACGAGGAACUCAAACCACAACCGAUGAUCAAGAAAUCACGGAAACAGUUCGUUCCGGAUGACUUGAAGGAUGACAAAUACUGGGCGCGUCGUAGGAAGAACAACAUGGCGGCGAAACGAUCACGAGACGCACGACGCAUGAAGGAGAACCAGAUAGCUCUCAGGGCCGGCUUCCUCGAGAAAGAAAACAUGGGUUUACGGCAAGAAUUGGAUCGGUUAAAGAACGAAAACAUGUUGCUGCGUGACAAGCUGAGCAAAUACACGGACGUCUAACAGCAACAGUUUAAUAACAGCAGUUAAAGCAAAAGAGAAACAAAAAAGAGAUUAUAAGGGCAAGAGCAAAAGCAAAAGCAAAAAGAGCAUCAAGAUCAGCCCAUCAAUCAGCCAGCCAAUCAGCAGCCAGCCAGCCAGCCAGCCAGCCAGCUAGCAGCAGCAGAAGCAGAAGCAGCAAAAGUUCAGCAAAAGCAGCAGCAACAAAACUUCGGCAGCAGCAACAGCAACAGCAAGCAGCAACUAAAAAGUUCAGCAGGCGGCAUUACCAACAACAACAACAACAACAACAACAACAACAAUACCAACAACAACAACCAACGAUUAGGAUGAGCGGGGAGAAGAAUACAAGGCCACGAAAAACAAAACAACAUUUUGAAGAAGAUUUGUGUGUCGUGUAAACAAUUCCUCCCCCACCUUUCCUCCCCCCUUUUCACACU